CUACAUAGUUGGCCGUCGCUUAUACAUGAUGGUUGUGUACCGCAGGCUCGCCACACCCAUACCUACUCAGAUGCCAAGGAUGCCCUGAAAACUGGAAUAAGAAACGUAAAAAAGAACAUAAAAGAGGGCGUAGAAACGGAUUUGUCCGCUUGGAAGAUUUUAAAGUGGAUUGGCGCUGGGCUUUUUACCAGCGCUGGCUUAGUAAUUUUCGACCUCAGCUUCGCCAAAUGGUACAACCGCCAGAAUGAGAGUGUUCUUCUUCAUGCCUUUGAACAUGGUUCCUGUCCAAAACCUGAUGUUAUGCAGGAACAGCUGAUUUAUCGUGAGGUUGUUAUCAAGAAACUGAGACGAAUUCUCGAGCCGAUCCCUGACCAUAGCUCUUAUCACGUCGUUGUCGGGAACCACGGAACUGGGAAGACCACAGUAGUCCGGCAGUGUGCUAGGGAUGUUGGAAAAGGUGUCAUUUACGUUGAUGUCCCUCCCGUGUUGGAUAACUUCGUUGAUAAUCUUGCAAAGGCCAUUGGAUAUUCAUUCAAGGAGUAUGUGUCCUUCACUGAAUCAUUUAAGCGGAGGAUUCUAGGCAAUAGCGAGUCCGCUGAACAGCCCAGGUUUUUUCGUGUUCUGAAUGCCUUCGAGAGAGGAGCUAGAAAAUACAAGGCAAAUAAUAGCAAAACUCCAGUGUUGAUCCUCGACAACAUAAGUAAGCUGGGCCAGGAAAAUGUUAAAUUACUAAGGGAUCUGCAGGACAUCGCAAAACUCUAUGCUGACCAGCGCAGUUGCAUUAUUGUGUUUGUCAGUAGCGAGGGAACAGUACCACGCAUGAUGAUGGAACGAUCAUCGUGGUCACGCUCUGAUCGAGAACCCAUUGUCAUCGGAGACCUAACUAACAAAGAGGCAUUCACCUACCUCCACGAAAAACUUGGCAUUGAUGAAAAGAUCACCAAUCAACUACUCCAACUCUUAGGUGGCCGGAUUCGUGAUCUCAAGACAUAUGGUGAUAAGAUAAAUAAAGAAGGCGCGACAUUCGAAGCGGUUCGUAAAAUUGUGCUCGAUGACGUCAAUCACAACUUUCACCAGGCUCGAAUGAAGAAGGGCGAAAGAAAUCAUGUCAUUGGCAAGGUCAUCGUCCAGGAGUUGGUGAAAAAUAAAAAAAUCCAUUUUGAUACAUUUAUCGAGCUCGUCAACAACGAACAAAUAGCCGAUGAAUUGCUACAGGCCAAUGUUUUCCCAUAUGACCCGGAAAGUGGAAUCGUCACCUUCCAGUCUCACGCAACUGAAGUUUUUGUGAGAGAGAAUCCAGAAUUGAAGUCGAUAGGAGUUUUCACUUAA